AUGCCUAAAUUCAUUGUUAACACAAAUAUAAGCAAGGAUAAAGUUCCAGAGCCUUUCCUGGGAGAGCUCACCCAGCAGCUAUCAAAAGCAAUGGGUAAACCAGUGCAGUAUCUAGCAAUGCAGAUCUCUCCUGAUCAGCUGAUGUCCUUUGGUGGCUCCACAGACCCCUGUGCUAUGUGCUUUCUCUACAGCAUUGGAAAGAUAGGGGAGCAGGAGAACAAGGUCUACUCCAAAUUGCUUUGUGAUUUGCUGAACAAACAGCUGAAAAUACCACCUGAUAGAAUCUACGUCAGCUUCUUCGAGACCAGUGCUGGCAAUGUAGGCUGGAACAACACCACCUUUGCUUGA